AAAAAAGAGAAAGUUUCCUUGAUGAAAAGGAUUGUAGAUUAUAAGAAUCUGGUAACGCCCCACCACCAUUAAAGCUAACGCGGAAACCAUCACAAAGUCCAUUGACUUGGAAAAAAAAGAAACCACCAAGUAAAUUCGAGAGUGAGUCUGAGUCUCCAAUAGAAAACGAAAUGCCCGAAUUUCUCAUAUUACCAUUGAAUCAUGCCACACUCUAUGCAACAAUAUUUUCCAGAUCCACUCUCAUCUCCCUCCAUAGAAUAUUAGAAUACUUGACCCCAGCUUCUACCUCUGCUCCGUUAAUUAAUGGAUCCUCAUCUUCCUAAGAAUGGAACCCAACAACACCAUGGUACCCCAACACCUUCCCCAGCUUCAGUUGCAAAUAAUAUUAUAAUACCACAUCCUGAAUUCCGGAUACCUUCCUUUAAAGAACAUCACAAAAAUGUUCCUCAACUCGCGAUGAUUGUCAUGGCAUGCAUGGUUGGCGUCAUCAUGUUUCUCUGCGCCGUGUCCGUACUCAUAAGGUACUUCUACUCAAGAAGAUAUAGCCGCAAUAACCAAAACAGAAGAGUCGACGCCCCCAUAUUGUUCGAUUUGAACGGAGAUUCUCCUCCGAGUUCGGAUAACGAUGAUGACGUGGAGGAGUUGGCGGUUGUCCACCCGAUAUGGUACAUCCGUACGGUGGGUCUCCAACAGUCCCUCAUAGACUCCAUCACGGUAUUCAAAUACAAGAAAGGCGAAGGCAUCAUAGACGGCACCGAGUGUUCGGUUUGCCUCGGAGAGUUCGAACACGACGAGAGUCUGAGGUUGUUGCCCAAGUGCAGCCACGCCUUCCACAUCCCUUGCAUUGACACGUGGCUCAGGUCUCACAAAAAUUGCCCCUUGUGUCGUGCACCUGUGCUACGCGACGAAACUGACGGCGCGCAUGUGAUCAGAGCCGUUGAUCAGAGUAAUCAGACGGUUUCAAACGUUUCUGGUCAUCAAGAGGCCCGCGUGGAGAGUUCUGAUCAUGAGAGGGUUGAAGAUGAUGAUGUGUCUUCGGCCGCAGUGGAAGUGGUAGAGGCAACACAGCCUCUGAGAAGAUCGGUUUCGAUGGAUUCUUCUUCUGCUAAUUCAAUGGUGUUAUUUGGUGAUGUGGUGGUGGAUUUAGAUACCCAUCAUUGUGGUGAAAAAGUGAAUUAUUCAAGUAAUAAGGAUAUGAGUGUUGUUGUUAAUGAGAAGCAUGGUAGUGGGAGCUCAACUUCAACAACUAUUAUUAAUAACAAGUUGGCUUCAAUUGGACGUGCGUUGCAAAAGAGGCCGAUCUCCGUCUCAAUGAGAAUGAGAAGAUCUUUUUCACAUAACACCAAGUUUUUGUUCUCCAGACACUGUAGGAGUCAGAGUUCAACUCUUCCAUUGUAAAGCAGUAAUUUGGGAGGAUGAACGGUCAACUUCAAAGAUCAAGGGCUGUUGAUGGAGGAUGAACCCUUUGUUUAUCCAAAGCAAAGCAGUGAUGCCUCUACUCCACAUCCCUUACAGAAAUUAUCAGUAUGCUUUACGUAUAUAGUGAUACAAAUCAUACAAUUAUACGAAAAGUUUAGGAAAUUUCACCACUGUUUUGUAUGUUUCAACAUGAGUUUGCUGGAUGUAUAUGGAUGCUCUCUUUUAUAUUCUAUAAUCCCUCCCUCUUUUUUUGCCUAAUCAUGCAUCAAACUUGCUUGCCUAUGUUUGGUUAACUUGUA